AUGGAGCCCGGCGCCUCGCCUGACCUCCGCGACGUCGAGCAGAAGCUGGGGCGCAAAGUGCCCGAGAGCCUGGCGCGGCCCCUGCGCGGGGAGGAGCUCCCGGUCCGCCCCGCCGCCGCGGCCCCCGGGCCCCGCCGCCGCCGCCCUGCUGCGCUGGCCCGUCUGGAGACGAAACUUCAGCUCCUGAGGCAGGAGAUGGUUAAUCUCCGAGCCACUGAUGUGAAGCUUAUGCGCCAGCUCCUACUCAUCAAUGAAAGCAUUGAAUCGAUCAAGUGGAUGCUUGAAGAGAAAGCCAUUGCCAGCAGAGGCAGCAGUUUGAGUGGAAGCCUGUGCAGCUUGCUAGAAAGUCAGGAGACAUCGCUCCAUGGCAGCUGUAGCAGUUUACAAGACUGUAGUGAUGGACUGGAUGGAAUAUCAGUGGGGAGUUACUUGGACACCUUAGUGGAUGAUGUUCCUGGUCACCAAACCCCUUCAGAUCUGGACAAAUUCAGUGAUUCUUCUGUCACAGAGGACUCACAGUCUCUGCAUAAACAUCCCAAAAUUGAUUCUGAUGAGUACUACUGUUUCGGUUAA